UGGCCUGGCGUCCAGUCUCCUAGCAACGACGCUUAGACUCGGGCACAGCUCUUUGGAUCCGCACCCGCCACUCUCUACCCACAAUUCCCCAGUUUUACCAGCCCCUUUGCACCCCUCGAACUCCGGAGCCCCUGCCUCGAUUUACUUUUGUCUUCUACCCCACCUCAUUAAUAAUUGGCCCUGAAUCAACCACUUUCCCUUGUCCUUCGAGUCUCCGAGCUUCUCUCUCCUCAUACCAUCCUGGGUUCCGCCAUACCCGGGACUGUACAAGUUGGUCAGCUUCCCUUCGUUCUAAUCCCAUGCCAGGCCAGUAACCUUUAAAUCAUGCCCGGAGCUAAGCUUGCCCAGAGUCCAGAGGAAGGGGGAGUGUGCAUUACUGAAGCCCUUAUCACUAAGCGGAACUUGGCCUUCCCUGAGGAUGAGGAUCUGUCAGAGAAGAUGUUUCACACUCUGGCUGAACUGCAGACUGUCCGCCUGGACCGGGAGGGGAUUACCACUAUCGGGAACCUUGAGGGCCUCCAGAACCUUCACAGCCUUUAUCUGCAAGCGGUAACUUCUUGCCUCCUGCCCUUCCUCCCCCUCCUUCACCCUUCUUCACCCUCUGUGGACCGAGUCUGUUUAAUCCAAAAGCAACCGAUCAGGUCAUCUUGCCCAUUCCCUGGCAUUCAGAAUAAGAUCCAGCGGAUUGAGAACCUGGCCUGCAUCCCCUCCUUGCGCUUCCUGUCUCUGGCAGGAAACCAAAUCAAGCAGGUGGAAAACCUCCGUGACCUCCCACAUCUCCAGUUUCUGGACCUUUCUGAGAACCUGAUAGAAACCCUGAAGCUGGAUGAGUUCCCCCAGAGCCUUCUCAUCCUCAACCUGACUGGAAAUAGCUGCACCAACCAGGACAGGUACAGAGAGCUGGUGACAGAAGCCCUGCCGCUGCUCCUGGACCUGGACAAGCAGCCUGUGUUAGAGCGCUGGACCUCGGAUGAGGAGGAGAAAGCCUCGGGCGAUGAGGAGGAGGAGUUCCCGGAGCUGAGUGGCCCGUUCUGCACAGAGCGAGGCUUCCUCCAGGAGCUGGAACAGGAGAUGGGCAGACACAAGGAGUGCAGACAACAGGCAGCCCUGACUGAGCACAUUCUGAGGAUGGAGACAAAGCCCACCCUCACUGGCCUCCCCCUGCUGCCUGGGGGGCCCAUGGCUAGGGACAGCAGUCCCUCUCUCACUCCCGGGCAAGGGAGGGAGACAUCCUCCAAGCCCGCCUCCUUGCCACAAGCUACCUCUGCCAGCAAGAAACCCUGCUCUCUGGUUUCCAGCCAGCAAAUCACUGUCCCAGCAAAGAAGGGGACCACAGCCCCCAAGGCCUCUGUGGCUGGGGCCUCUAGCACAACCAAAACUGUGACCAAAAGAAUCAAGAAGUGAAGUGCAGCCCGUCCCUACCAGCAAUACCCCAGGAACAAGGAUUGGGGAAGAACAGGGCAUGGGGUGGGGCCUCCCCUCCUUCUCAGACCCCUCCCCUAUGGCAGGAGCCUACCCCAGUAAAAUGUCUCCCA